ACAGUUGAAAGCAAUGUUAUAAAAUCGUCGGAAAACCUUACCGUUGUCUUGGUGGUUUUUAACAAGGUUUUAGACACGAGACGUGUCAAGAGAGACUGAAACGAGUAAAACAGUCACAUGAAGCUAAGCGUGUGUUUCCGGGGGGUAAUUUAAAAGACGGACUUGUAAACAAUGCAAGCGUGGCGCUAACAGCCAACCAACACGAGCCGAUAUGUAGCCUGGCUAAUAGCUUUACCUUUGGUGUAAACUUCUGGGCACGAGUCCAGGAAAUGUAACACGAGCACGUCGAGUUGAGCAGCAGCUGACGCUUCCAGGUCCCGGUUUCUUUAGUUGAGUUGUUUCAAUUGAAUUUUGUAGCUAGGUGAACAGAACAGCCAGUUAGUUGACAUGAAAAUACUCUUUCUUGCCUGCCUUAAACCCAAAACUGGAAACCACACUACAGCCGAGAGAAUAAGGUCCCACAUUGAAUCAGCAGGACACAUUUGUGAGCUCAGACAUGCAGGAGAAUUUCAGUCUUCUGCUGACGUGAACAGUCUGCUGUCUCAGGAUCCUCCUUUCCAAGGUGCACUGGCCAUUCAUCUGUACAGAGCUGGCAGACUUCUCCUGGACGUGCAGCUCCCCUUUGGUGUCAUUUUUGGCGGAACAGACAUAAAUGAAGAUGUGAAAGUUGAACAGAAGCGAGCGGUUAUGGAGCAGGUGUUGCGGAAAGCCAGGUUUGCAGUUGCAUUUACGACCAAACUGAAAGAAGAGGCAGAAAUUCACUUGAUGUCACAGAGCAGUAAGAUCUACCUGCAGCCUCAAGGUAUCCAAACAGAAGUGGCUGACAAUUUCUGCUGGACUGAAUUCAUGAGAAGCUCAGGUGUAGAGAGUGAACAUGUGGAUGAGCUCCGUGUCUUCUUGUUAGUGUGUGGUCUGAGAACUGUCAAGGACCCUCUCUAUUUGGUGGAGGCGUUUUCAGCGUGGCAUUGCAAAAAUGUUCCAAAUAUACUCAUAAUUCUUGGACCAAAUAUUGAUCCAGUUCUUACAGCUGAAGUCAAAUCUGCUGUUAAAAGAACAACAGGGGUCUUCUUAGCCCACGAAAGGAGCCAACAGGAGGUGCACGCUGCUAUGAAAAGGAGCUUUGCUGUUGUCAACAGCUCUGUUUCAGAGGGGAUGUCAGCAGCCAUUUUAGAGGCCAUGCACCUCAGGGUGCCCGUGUUGGCGAGGAACAUCCCCGGAAAUGCAGCUGUGGUGCAGCAUGAGGUCACUGGCUUGCUGUACUCUUCACCUCAGGAUUUUCUACAUCAGUCUCAGAGGCUGCUGUCGGAUCAGGAGCUAAGGGAAAGAGUGGUCAGGAAUGGAAAACUCUACGUGGAAGAACAUCACAGCUUGGAAAAAGAAAGAGAAACUUAUCAGCGGCUGGUGGACUCGCUGCACUCGGUGUAGGUCACGCCACUCAGCCCUGCAAUUCAGGACUUCAGUAGGAAAGAGUGGAAAUUAUUUUAUAUUGUUAUUUUAAUUUGCACCAUGUGGUCAUAUUUGUUUUAAAUGGGGUGAUGCAAUAUGUGAGCACAGUUAUUUAUAUAUUUAUGCUUGUAUAAUUGAUGCCAAAUUGGAAAUAAGUAAAAGCGCAAUCCCUUUUUUAAAUGUUUAUUUUACAAACAAAAAAGGAUGCAGACAUCUCUUGCUGGGUUUUGAUUUAUCUGCAGUUAUCUGGAAAUUAUGUUUGGUUGUGAGUUUGUACUACGAAAAUAAAUGUAUUUAAACUAAAAUAAAUAAAAUUCAACCACA